CUCUUUUAAGGUAUAAUUUCAUACAAUAAUUAUUAGAGGUUUUAGUGAAAAGCAAACUGAAGUGACAUUUGUGUCAUUGAUUUAAUCACUAAUUAAGUGAUUGUCUUCAUUGGUAUGACUUUGUCUUCAGCGGACAUUUCAACGCCAAUGUAUUUGUAGUAAUGUUUGCAAACAAUGCAAUCAAUUGAAUGAUAUAUCGGUUGUUAUAUAAUUGGUUGAGUGGUUUGUGGCGUUGAUGGCAAUGGAUUCAAAGGAAGUGAUGGCCAGCGAUGGUCAUAAAAGUAGUGGAUUAUCAUUAGUUGAUUUGCCAAAUGAAAUCAUAACAAAGAUAUUCAAUUUGAUAUCGUUUACAGACAUCGCUAAGAAUCGUGUUGUUUGUCGUCGAUUCAAUGAGAUUGGCAGUCAAGUACUCAAUAGAGAGUUUCAGAAACUACGAAAUUACACUCAACAGCGAUUUCAGACAAUUAAGAGCCAAAUGCCGCGCCGAGAGUCGGCCAGACGUAAGCACCCGUUGGCCCGCGAGUCAGACAUCAUUGAGACGUUGCAUAUGAGACUAACACUUCUUCAGAUGACUUUCAGCAAACAUAUCGAGCGAAUGCAUUGCUGUUUCUUUUCGGGUGAGAUCUUAGAUGAAGUCCACCGAAUUAUACGCUAUGUUCGCAUAACUCCAGUCCUUUCGCGGGCCUAUAAAGUGACGGAUGAGUUGUUUGAUUUGUCGACUAUGGCUAUGGAGUACUUUAAAGAGCACAUCGAACCAACUCUUCCUGAGAUCAAUUACUUUGGUGUCGCCGACUAUUUGCUCGAUUACUCGCCAACUCUUACUGGUUCUCCACAAACACAGCUUUCACUGAUGGAUAACACAACUAAAGAUAUACAUAAUUCAAAUCGCAAGAAAACGUUUAAAACAAAUAGCAAUCAAAUGUCUUCGUCGUCGUCGUCGUCAACAUAUAUCGUGAAAAAUUCGGAAACAACUGCAUUAAAGAAACGUUUAAGAGCUGCUGAGAUGACAAUCAAAAGAAAUAAUAAUCAAAUUCAAGCUCUUAAGCGUGAGGUUACGUUGGCGAAGAAGAGAUGGUCACAACAACAAAGAGUGACUAAUAAUAUGAGAAGUCGUUUUGAUGAAUAUGACAAAAAAUUUGAGACAACUAACCGCAAGUUAAGUGCCGUUUUGGAAGAGCUUAGCAAAUGUAAGACUGAACUACAAUACUGGCGGUCAACUUCUCCUUCCGGAUCGACGCCCACUUCAAAUGUUAAACCCAAUACUUGUCGUUGUAAUGAUGGGGUUAUUGAAGGCCAACAACUUCUUGUUCCCGAAGUAUUUAAACCAAUUGAAGAGAAACAGCCGACCACUGCCUCACAUAUAUCUCAAUUGAUUGACAAUAAUCACACCAAUGACUUACCACUUGUUCAAAAAGUUGAAGAAAAGCUUUGCAAACGAAAAUUAAACUAUUUUGAAGACAAUAGUUGUGAGAAAAAGUGUAAAAAAUCUUAAAAUAUAUACGGAUUUUAAUUCUUGAUUCUAUUU